UUGUCGACGCGUGCAUGCGUGUGUACGUUGCGCGAGCGCGCGCCUGCGCAUGCGUUGUUUUUGUCGGGUUUUAAGGUUCCGAUCGCCAAAUCCCUCAACCAUGCGGGGCGUAAUAGCGCGCGUAGACUUGUGGGGCUGUAACCUGCGUCACCAUACGCGCACGCAAGCCCGCGUGACGGGGGCGGUCAGUUGCAGAUGUUGUAGGGCGGGGUUUGCCGUGGCGUCGCGUUGUGAUUGGACCGUUUCCGUAUCCGUACGGGCCGGUGAGAGGGAGCCGCGUGCGGACGAGGGGGGGCGCGUGCCAAGCGGCGAGCGAACGCCGAGGUGCUCGACUUGGCGAAGUCUUAGUUUUGUGCAUGCGUGUCUGUGCGCAAGGGUGGUAGAAGCAGUUUUUGCUUGAGGCCUAGGAAAAUAAUUUGUCAUCUCAUUUCCCUCCCCUUGAAUAUCUGGACUGAUCCAGGUUCUGCAGAGGAACAUCCGUCGCAGUUCCCGAAUUCGGGGCUACGUCCACCACGCCGUAUCUCACGGUUGGAUAAAGACCACCGAAAGUCUCUGCGUAAAUCAUUUCAAGGAGGCUCGUUUCUCGUGGUUUCUGUCGAAUUUAAGCUUGGUAAACAAACGGUUCUAGAAUGUAUUCUGCAUGGGGGGGGGGGCUACAAUGCCUCUGUGUCGCCAUCUGCUGUUAGAAUAAGGUAAUUUGCAAUGGAGGACGCAAUAGAGGUGCUUCUUGAAGACCAAUGCUCCGGUUUAGCCCCUUCGCACACCAGAGACCACCCCAUCCUGACUGCCUCCACAGGGGCUCUGCUCGCUGGCUUGUACGGGGUGUGGAGUCUCUUUACCAUGCCGGGCUUUCGCAAAGUCCCUAGAAGCCUCAGGGUGCCUUAUUUGCCCUCCAGUAAAGCUCAGACUGUAAAUAUUAUGAAGUUGCUUGAAGGACGGAGAGGUCGCCUAGCAGACCUGGGCUCUGGAGAUGGAAGGCUGGUCUUUGCAGCCUGUUCUACUGGUUUCCAAUGCACGGGUUUUGAGCUCAAUUCCAUGCUUGUGGCAUAUACCAGGGGCAAGGCCUGGUGGAUGGGUGUUCCUUCCAGUCAGGCAACAUUUUUCAAGAAGGACUUUUGGAUGACUGAUCUAUCAGCUUACCACAAUGUGAUGGUUUUUCUUGCUCCAGGAGUGAUGGAGGUACUGGGGGACAAGCUGCUAAAAGAGCUUCCGGAUGAAGCGUGUGUCAUUGCCUGUAGAUUCCCAUUCACCAACUGGCCCCACCAGUCCUCUGUUGGCUCUGGUCUUGACCAGACAUGGGCCUAUAACAUCAGCACUGUACGCUCAAGCCUGGCAAAUGAGUAGAUCACAGAAUAAUAAAAGCCCUCUACAUUAAACU